AUGAAGGAAAUGACUGCAUGUUUCUUCCUGCUAUUUGGAUAUACUCUGCUUUCCACUGUCUCUGUCAUGGCAAAAGACCUUCCUGGAGGACAUUUCACCCGAAGACGACAUGUUAACUCACAAUCUCUGCUAGGAAAUACUUGCAACAACAAACGUCUGGACCUUGUCUUCAUCAUUGACAGCUCUCGCAGCGUACGCCCUUAUGACUUUGAAAAAGUGAAGGAGUUCAUUUUAACCAUCUUGCAGUUUCUGGACAUCAGUCCUGAUGCCACCCGCGUAGGUCUGAUUCAGUAUGGCAGCACAGUCAAACAUGAGUUCUCGCUGAAGACGUUUGGGAGGAAGCAGGAUAUUGAAAGAGCCGUGAAGAGGAUGAUGCACCUGGCAACUGGCACCAUGACUGGGCUGGCUAUUCAGUAUGCCAUGAACAUUGCAUUUUCAGAGUCAGAAGGAGCUCGACCUCUGAGGCAGAAUGUGCCCCGAAUUAUCAUGAUAGUGACGGAUGGGAGACCUCAGGAUCCAGUGGCAGAGAUUGCUGCUAAAGCUCGUAACACGGGUAUCCUGAUUUUUGCCAUUGGAGUGGGAAGAGUAGAUAUGAACACGCUGAAGUCCAUUGGGAGUGAACCGCAUGAAGAGCAUGUGUUUCUGGUUGCUAAUUUCAGUCAAAUUGAAACACUGACCUCUGCUUUCCAGACGAAACUUUGUGUGCCCCAUAUGUGCAGUACAGUUGAGCAUCGCUGUGAUCAUUUCUGCAUAAACACCCCUGGCUCCUACGAGUGCAGAUGUAAACAAGGGUACAUUCUCAAUGCUGACCAGAAGACUUGCAGCACUCAGGACCUUUGUGCUGUGGAGAAACAUGCCUGUGAGCAGAUUUGUGUGAACACACCUGGGUCUUACGUCUGUCAGUGUUAUGACGGGUAUGAGCUUGAUGCAAAUGGAAAGAAUUGUGUCGUUGUAGACUACUGUGCUUUGGAUAACCAAGGUUGCCAACAUGAAUGUGUUAACACUGAGGACUCCUAUUACUGUAGAUGCCACCCAGGGUUCAUUUUAAAUCCAGAUAAAAGAACUUGCAGAAGACCAGACUAUUGUGCUCUUCAGGACCAUGGCUGUGAACAGGAAUGUGUUAAUACAGAUGAUUCUUAUUUUUGUCAAUGCCAAGAAGGGUUCAGGCUUAAUCCAGAUAAGAAAACAUGCAAAAAAGUAAACUUCUGUGCUUUAGGUCAGCAUGACUGCGAACAUGAAUGUGCUAACUUGGAAGUGUCAUUUGUGUGCAAAUGUCAUCCUAGAGACACCCACAACAUGAUGGAAAUACGAGUGGACCACUGUGCUGAAACCAAUCAUGGAUGUGAGCAACUGUGCCUAAAUACUGGUGGCUCCUAUGUCUGUCAGUGCUCUGAAGGAUUUGUCAUCAAUGAAGACCUAAAAACCUGCACACGGGUUGACUAUUGUGCUCUGAGCGAUCAUGGCUGUGAACAUUUGUGUGUAAAUGGCAACAGAUCUUACACUUGUCAGUGUUUUGAAGGAUACAGGCUUCGUAAUGAUGGGAAAACAUGUAAACAUCAAGACAUUUGCAGCUCGGUUGACCACGGCUGUGAACAUGUUUGUGUUAAUGCUGAAGAGUCCUACAUCUGCCAGUGUUACGAGGGAUUUGCCCUGAGGGAAGAUGGAAAAACAUGUAGAAAUAAGGACAUCUGCAAAUCAGUCAGUCAUGGCUGUGAACAUCUUUGUGUUAAUAAUGACGACUCAUAUACUUGCCAGUGCUAUGAUGGAUUUGUGCUGAGGCAAGAUGGGAAAACAUGCCGAAAUAAAGAUGUGUGUAAAUCCACUGACCACGGCUGCGAACAUGUGUGCAUUAAUAACAACAAUUCAUACAGCUGUCAGUGCCAUGAGGGUUUUGUCCUGCGACAGGAUGGGAAAACAUGCCGAAGAUGCACUGAAGGCCCAGUUGACCUGGUGUUUGUGAUUGACGGAUCAAAAAGUCUUGGAGAAGAUAAUUUUGAAACUGUAAAGCAAUUUGUCUCUGGAAUCUUGGAUUCACUUGAGAUUUCACCCAAAGCUGCUCGAGUUGGUUUGCUUCAGUAUUCCACUGAGGUUCGCACAGAGUUUACGUUAAAGCAGUUCAGCUCAGCCAAAGACAUGAAGAAAGCUGUAUCACAAAUGAAAUACAUGGGGCGAGGUUCCAUGACAGGACUGGCUCUGAAGCAAAUGUUUGAGAGCAGCUUCACAGAAACAGAAGGAGCAAGACCAUUUUCAGCAAAUGUCCCUCGAAUCUCCAUUGUGUUUACGGAUGGACGAGCCCAAGAUGAAGUCUCUGAGUGGGCUGCUAGAGCAAAGCAAAAUGGUAUAAUUAUCUAUGCCAUUGGAAUAGGAAAAGCAAUUGAGGAAGAACUGCUAGAAAUUGCUUCUGAGCCAUCAUAUAAACAUCUCUUCUAUGCUGAGGAUUUCACAGCUAUGGAGGACAUCAGUGAAGAGCUAAGAGCCCAAAUCUGUGAAG